AUGGAACAAACUAAACGGCAACGGCGAACAAAUAGUAUUGUUAAAAAGAAAAAGAAAUUAGAAGGUAAAAUAACAACAUUGCAUUCAAAUAGUUCUACAAGAACAUUCAUAACACGUUUUGAAGAUCUUCCAAACGAAAUAAUCUAUGAAAUUUUCGAUAUACUUGAUUUUUGUUCUGCUUAUGAAAUUUUUUCUAAUCUUAAUAGACGAUUCCAUCAAAUUCUUGUUUUGUCUACUCUUUCUAUUAAAAUGCAUAUUUCAUUAAUAUCCAAACCGACUUUUCAACGUCAUUAUAAACAGAUUAUUAUGCCUAAUAAACAUCGAAUCAAUUCACUUUGUUUAUCGAAUCCAUUUAUUGUUGAUUUAUUUUUUCCAUCGUCUCAAAUCAUAUCCAAAUUCCGUCGACUUGAAACACUUAUUAUUGAUACUACCACAACAACAAAACUGGCAAAUCUUCUUAAACAAUUAACUAAAUUACCAAAUUUAUCUUCAUUGACAAUCAUUCAUCGUCAUUGUCUUUAUAAUAUCAACGAUCUUUAUCUCCAAAUAUUUCGUCUACCUGCAUUAAAAUAUUGCAAACUAUUAUUGUCAGAAAAUUCUAACUAUGGAUCACUGCCUAUGUCAGUCAAUGAGACCAGUCCUAUUGAACAUCUUGUUAUCAAAAAUAAAUUUUGUUUAAAUGAGUUAAAUGCUCUAUUAUCAUAUGUUCCAAAACUACGUUAUUUAGCAUUGAAUCAUUUAUAUAGUUUGCCGGAUGAACAAACAAAAUCUUUUUCAAGUUCAUUAAAUGAUUUAACCCAUAUUUCUAUAAAGAAUAGUCGUAUUCUUUUCAAUGAAUUAGAAUUAUUAGCCAAACAUUUUUUUCAUCGACUUCAAAUUUUUCAUAUUUCAACAUAUUUCGACGUAUCAUUUCUAAAUGCAAAUCAUUGGGAACGAUUAAUCUUAUCCUAUAUGCCAAAUUUAAUAGUCUUUGAUUUUAUGCAUACAAACUCGCUGAAUGACACUACUCAAUUAAAAUAUGAAGAUUUAAUCCAACAAUUUCAAUCUUCAUUUUGGUUUGAACGACAAUGGCUUUUUACGUAUACAUUUUAUUGGAAACGUGCUGAGCGUCAUGUUAUCUUCAAUUCAUCUCGUCCGUAUAGAAAAUCUUAUGUAUUGUACUCAGAAUUCAGUAAACAAAUUGAUUUAUAUCAACAAGAAAAUAACUUGGAUUCAGUUGAACGUAUUUGCAUUCAAGAUGAACAAGGAAUGAUAAAUUGUGUUAAUCAUUUUUCCAAUGUUACAGAAUUGACUCUUUUCUGUAAUCUCAGCCAAAGUCAAGAUUCUCUUUCGACCCACUUUAAUCUUAUUUUUCCAACGAAACAAUUGACUAAACUCGUUAUUACUGUUACCUCUAUUCCUUUUAUGCUGAUAAUUAAAGCAUUAAGUUUAUUACCGAAUAUUCAUACGUUAAUGCUUACUUAUGAAUCAUUCUUUGAAAAAAUUUCACCAUCAAUUAAACAAUGUGACUUAUUUCAAUUAAUUGAAGACUCAGAUCGAAUCACAGAAAUUGCUUGCCAAUUAUUCAAUGAAAUUGGUUGA